GAUGUCAGCAAGUUAUCCUUAAAAAGACACACAAGAACACACAAUGGAGAAAAACUUUUUGCCUGCUCAGUUUGUGGGAAAAGAUUCAUUCAGAAGGUAGAUUUAACAAGGCACACAAGGACACACACUGGGGAGAGACCUUUUGCCUGCUCAGUUUGUGGGAAAGGUUAUUCCCAGAGAUGGACUUUAACCGCUCACACAAGAACACACACUGGAGAAAAACCUUUUGCCUGCUCAGUUUGCGGGAAAAGAUUUGCUCAAAGAUGGACUUUAACCACCCACGUGGGAAGACACCCCGGGGACAGACCUUUUGCCUGCACAGUUUGUGACAAAAAGUUUCCCACAAAGGGAAAUUUAAGACUACACGCAAGAACACACACUGGGGAGAAACCCUUUGCCUGCUCUGUAUGCGGGAUGAGAUUCAGACAGAAGGCACAGUUAGAAGAACACACGAGAACACACACUGGAGAAAAACCUUUUGGCUGCUCAGUUUGCGGUAUGAGAUUCACUCAGAACUCCAAAUUAACGAGGCACGCAAAAAGACACACUGGUGAGAAACCCUUCAGUUGCAUAAGGUGCGAGAAAAGAUUCUCUCGUAAGGACCAGGUGAAGAUGCACAAGUGCGCUCGGGAGAGGAGCAGUGGUCAAUGAAGCCGCAAAAUAAAUGGAAGCAACUGCAGCUGCGUUGAGAAUCACUGACUGCUUCCCUUCUCACCUUUUGAGCAGGGGUCUCCCAUCGCCGCCCGUGUCACUCAGGCAGUCUCCAGCCCCCGCCCCACCCCCAAAAUCAUGCGUUCCAAAAGCAGAAGACACGGAUGUUAUUGAAGCUCCAUCAAAGUGAAUAUAUUCAUGGGCGGGUCUUGUGCUGCAAAUUCGAGGUAUCCCAAAAAAACAAGCUGUGGACUUUAUUCGUGACGAAAGGCACUUUGGUGCAGAAAAUCUCCAAAGAGGAGGAACGCAUCGAUACAAAUCGAUACAAAUCGGCAAAGCAUCGCUGACCUUCAACGAUAUUCCAGAUGGUGGAAUCUCAGCCUCUCUGGGCUUAAAGAAUCACUUGAAGCCCUUUGUGACUUUCUUGGAGCAUGAAUAAUCAAAGAGUCACCAAGAAGAAAUGCGGCAUCGUGUUGAGUUGAUACUGCGACAUUGUGUGCUGAGCUGCAAAUCAAGUGGAUGG